AACCCGGUUUAAAAAUACGAUGAAAGGCAGAGCAGAGGUUUUAGCCUUUACUUUCUUUUUCAAGCAAAUCUCUGCAACUCUGCUAGGGUUUUAGCUUCACACAUGGAUAGAUACCAGAAGGUUGAAAAACCGAAACCCGAUUCCCCCAUAAACGAGAACGAGAUCCGAAUCACUACGCAAGGCGCUAUCAGAAACUACAUAACCUAUGCCACUACUCUUCUUCAGGAGAAGCGUGUGAAGGAGAUUGUCUUAAAAGCAAUGGGACAGGCAAUCAAUAAGACAGUAGCCAUUGCUGAGAUUAUAAAGAAAAGAAUUCCUCGGUUGCAUCAAGAUACUGCCAUCAGCUCUGUUAGCAUAACUGAUGUAUGGGAACCCAUUGAAGAGGGCCUUGUUCCCGUGGAGAUGACUCGACAUGUCUCAAUGAUUUCAAUAACCUUAUCAGCUAGAGAGCUAAACAAGAACUCUCCUGGGUACCAGACUCCAUCUAACAUGGAACUACCAAAGCUGCAGUAUCGCUAUCAGUACCAGCAACAACAACAACCACCCAGACAAGGGCGUAUUCCGUACAAUGCUAUGAAUGAAGAUUCAUACGGCCGAGGCUCAGGCCGGGGUCAUGGUAGGGGGAGAGGGCAAGGUAUUGCCAGGGGUGGAUAUGGACACUAUCAAGAGAAUGAUGGUUAUUCAAACUGGGGCAGAGAUGGUGGGCGAGGUAGAGGUUGGGGCUAUUAUGGAGCUGGAUAUGAAAGAGGUAGAGGUGGAGGGGGUCGAGGAUAUGGCCGUGGCCGUGGACGUGGAAGGAUGGGUGGCCGAUCAAGGGGUGAUGGCUAUUAAGCUAUGGUUAGGGGUUGGUGUUCUUUUCUUCUUUAGCUAAAUGCUUGCCUUGGCCAGUGGGGAUGAUUUUAUGGGGGUAAUACUUUUAAUAGCGUGAAAUGUGGGUUAUGAUUUCAAGCGUUGUUAAGCAGUGGUUUGGUGUUCUUUUUUCACUAAGUAAAUAUGAAUGUGGGCAAGGUUAUUUUGUUGGGUACCACACGCAAGUAGUCAUUUUAAGAUUGCUGUAAUUUAUUCAUAGUUAUGGUUGCCAAUAUAUCCUAUCUUGUUCAUAAA